AUGUCUAAAUGGGAGUAUAAUGCCAAGUUGUUCUUGGACGUAAGUUUUUGACUUUUUUGUUGGUUUUUAGGUAGCUUGCUGGACUGGUUUUCAUUAUAGAAUUAUGCAGAAGAUAGAUGACUACCUGAAAAUUUUAUUUAUGGUGGAUUUUGCUCUUGUUAACGUAUUGAAAACAUAAAUUUUGAAAAGUUCAGCUUUGUUACUGCUUUUUAACCUUGUUUUAAGUCUAUCUUUUAUAGAACUACAAAAAUGCUGUAGAAACCUUGGGAACAGAGUCUUUAACAUGGUUAGCUUUUGGAAUUCCAUCUAAGAAAGUGAUAACUUCUGUGAAUUUUGUGGAAAAGUCCCCAGAAGCUAUUUUGAAAGCAUCCUCAACAUUGAAGAACUUGUACUUGGCUCCAGUGGAACUGCUUGGUGGAGAAACAGCCACAGGCGAUAUUCCUGCAUUUAGCGGAUUAAAAUUUGCAUGGAGUUUGUUAAAGAACAUUACCGCACAAAAGUUAGCUCAACGAUUGGUUAGUGUAAAACAUUCAGAUGCUUUAUCUGUUCCGGCUGAAGAUACACUUUUGAAAGUGAAUUUUGAUGUUAAGUUAAGUUUGUUUGAUGGAAAAGAUGUUAGAGAAACUGUGGCCGGUCAAGUUGAAGAAGUACUUAAUGGUUUGAACGAUGUGAGUUUUGUUGGAGAUGGUUUGAGCUUGAAAAGUGAUGCUAAAUCAACUUCAUUGAAGGUGAAAGACCAGAAAAAGGAAGUUGUAGCUUUAAGAGUUUUUGAGCUUCAGUUAGAUGAAAGCAAUAUUGAUAACCUGGCUAAGCAAUUUGAAAAAGCAGGUAAGUCUUUAUUUGUUUUGAUGGUUUAGGUAUUUUUCCCUGAAUGAAGGGACUAAACUGGUAUUAUUUUAGGUUUAAAUGCAUCCUCAAACAUCACUUAUACUCCUAACGUUAUUUUACGGGUAAACAACGAUGUCUCUGAUGGAGAUUUGGUCAAUUUAUUCAAGGAAGAAGCCAAAAGGUUGUUAUCACAAAUUGUUGAUGUUGUAUCUGCCAAAGUAAGUUGAAUUUCUUGAUGUAUUUGAUCUUUUAGGCUUCUUUGGUUCCUGUGGAAGUGCUACAUUACAAUUUAUCUGGUGUAUCUUUAACAAUUUCUGUGGUAUUGCCAAAAGAAGAAAAUAAAGACAAGGUCAAUAUAGCUAGAGUUCUGAACCGAAAAACGGUCGAUUUUGGAGUGACAAAGAAUGUAAAAUGGCUAGCAAGACCUCAAGAAAACGGACUACUGGCUAACCCGCAUGAGUUUGUGAAAGGUAAGGGUUGUAUAAUUGUUUAAGGACCAAUAUGGCGUUAAUAACAAUCUUUUUGUUGUUUUACUUAACUUUCGCCCUUUAGCUAGUCCAAUUGGCCAAGUUGCGACAGUUUUGGGACAUUAUGACUAUCAUCAUUAUAUGCAAGACAAUGUUGACGAUGGUGGAUGGGGCUGUGCUUACAGAUCGUUCCAGACAGUGUUCUCUUGGUUGAGGUAUCAAGGCUUUACGGAUAAGCCUAUACCUAGUCAUAAGGAUAUUCAAGAGGUUAGUGGAGGGUUUUUUUAAAUUUUGAUUUUAUUUUACGAAAUUGCAAGAACUUUUUUUACAAAAAUAAAAAAUUUCAAGAAAUUUCUUUCUUUAUAGAAUAAAAAAUGGCAAUAACUUUCUUUACAAAACAUAAAAUGGCUAAAACUUUCUCUACAAACCGAAGAAUGGCAAGAACUUUCUUUACAAGCAGAAAAAUGGCAAUAACUUUCUUUACAAAACAAAAAUAGCUGUUUAAUACCUAAAGCAAUAUAUUUUAGUGCUUGGUGGAAGUCGGCGACAAACCAGCCAGUUUUGUUGGUUCAAAGCAGUGGAUUGGCUCCAUGGAGUUGAGUUUUUGUUUGAAUCAGAUGUUGGGCAUGGAAUCAAAGUUGUUGACAACCAAUUCUGGUGCUGAAGUUCAUGAACAUGCUAGAACAUUGAUAUAUCAUUUCGAAAAUCAUGGUGCUCCGGUGAUGAUUGGUAAGGGAAUAAUGAAAUAAAAUUUUUAUUAGCUGUUAUUUUUCUAUUCGGUGAAAAAAUGUUACAGUUUUAACGAAGAACGUAAAAAAUUUUAUGGUUCGCAGCCUGCGGGUGACAAGUUAUACGUAUUCUAUCAAAAAACCAAAGCUAAACUUUUUUGUUUGUUGGUAAAGAAAGUUUUUGCGAUUUUUUACUUUGUAAAGAAAGUUCUUGCAAUUUCGACCUUUUUUUUAGGCGGUGGUAUGCUAGCUCACACGAUUCUAGGUGUAGAUUAUAACACUAGAACUGGUGAAUGCAAAUACCUAGUCUUAGAUCCUCAUUAUACUGGAGAUGAAAACAUAUCAACAGUAACUAAUGGAGGCUGGUGCUCAUGGAAGAACGGCGAUUUUUGGAAGAAAUCUGAUUAUUACAACUUGUUGUUACCUCAAACGGAAGGCACAUAA